UUAACAUUCUAAUUGCCACAUUCCUUUUGGUUAUUGAAUAAAAAAAAAAUCCCCAAAGCUUUGGAAUUUCAUGGAAUUAGUCAUUUUGUUGGCUCUCAUUUGCUUUCUCCUCCUCUACUGCUUGAGAAAAAACGAUGAGUCUCCAAAGAGUUUCCCGCUUAUCGGGAUGAUGCCGGAGCUUCUCCUCAACAUUCAUCGGACCCACGAUUGGUGCACCGAGACCCUGGAGAGAUGUAAUGGCACUUUUGUUUUUGCAGGCCCUUGGUUUUCCAACAUGAACAUGAUUUACACUUGCGACCCUUCCAACAUUCACUACAUAAUGAGCUCCAAUUUCAAUAACUACCCUAAGGGACCAGAAUACCAGAAGAUAUUCGAUGUUUUGGGAGAUGGGAUUUUCAAUGCAGACAUGGAUUCCUGGAAAAACCAGAGGAUAACCAUUCAACGAUUCAUCAAACAUCAUCUGUUCCACAAGUUUUUGCUCAGGACUACUCUUGCCAAGGUCGAAAAGGGGCUGAUUCCGGUCAUUGAUCAUGUUGCUAAACAUGAUUUGGUUGUAAACUUGGAAGAUGUUUUCCAAAGGUUCACUCUUGAUUCUGUAUGCAUCUUGGUUACCGGCUAUGAUCCUGAUAGCCUCUCCCUUGAAUUGCCUCGAGUUCUUUUCUGUAAGGCUGUGGACGAUGUCGAGCGAGCAGUGUUUUAUCGGCAUGUCAGGCCGGGGAGUUUUGUUAAGUUGCAGAAGUGGUUGAACAUGGGACAUGAACAAAAGUAUAAACAGGCAUGUGAAGUUCUCGAUGAUGUAAUAGCUACAUAUAUACGCCGGAAAAGGAAAGAACUGGAUGAGGUGAACGAUGAAGACGGAGUUGAUCUAUUAACAUCAUACAUAACCGAAGAGAAAUCGACUGGUUUCAAAUGUGAUGAUAAGUUCUUAAGAGACGCCAUUUUGAAUAUGAUGGUUGCAGGGAGGGACACAACUAGCUCUGCUCUCACUUGGUUCAUCUGGCUGGUUUCGAGGCAUCCGAUAGCCGAAAACAAGAUCAUAGAAGAGCUCGAAUCGAAAAUUCCCAAAGAGGAAACCGGAAAAAGGCGGUUGUUUGAAGUGGGGGAGGUGAAGGAUUUGGUUUACCUACAUGCAGCAUUGUGCGAGGCAUUAAGGUUGUAUCCACCCGUUCCUUUCAACCACAAGGAACCUGUCGAACCAGACGUGCUUCCGAGCGGGCAUCCGGUUCAUCCGAAGAUGAAAAUCUUGAUAAAUUUGUAUUCGAUGGGGAGGAUGAAAUCGGUGUGGGGAGAAGAUUGCUUGGAAUUCAAGCCUGAAAGAUGGAUUGACGAGCGAGGAGGGAUUAAGCAUGAGCCAUCGUACAAGUUCUCGUGCUUCGGUGCAGGGCCGAGGAUAUGUUUAGGGAAGGAGAUGGCGUUUGCUCAGAUGAAAGCCGUGGCAUCUGCUAUACUUUACAACUACCGCAUUCAUGUAUCGGAAGAAACUCCAGUUAUUCCGGCCAUAUCCGUCAUCCUGCACACCAAGAAUGGACUCGUGGCUAGGAUCUCCACCAGAUGGGACUAGACCAAAUGCAUCAAAGUGAAAGUUGAAUAAAAGGAAUAUUGUUCUUCCUAGGUGAUUUGAGUUUAAACAGUUUUAUUUAUUAGUAUGCCCGAGAUUAAUCAAAUUUAACAUCAGACACAAAUUAUACGAUCAAAUAACUAAGUUUGAUGUUUUUUUUUUGUA